UUCUGUGGCUGUGUGGACAAGCCUUAAGAAUUUGUGUGUGAAACUAGGCCGGUCAGGGGUCUGGCAUGGGGACCUGGUGACUGUGAUGUUGCCGGGACAGAGUGGAGCAGCAGAAAGAGGCCUGCGAAGAAGCUGCUGCCGCUUCGAGGAUCCCAGGAUUUGCUUUCAUAAGGCUACGACUACAUUCUCCUAACACUCGACCAAUAUGAAUUUCAACAAUUGUCUGUAUAAUAUUGGGGAACACCUGGACAGUGACGAGCUGGCCUCCCUCAAGUUCCUGAGCCUGGACUACAUCCCACAAAGGAAGCAGGAACCCAUCAAGGAUGCCUUGAUGUUAUUCCAGAGACUCCAGGAAAAGAGAAUGUUGGAGGAAAGCAACCUGUCCUUCUUGAAGGAGCUGCUUUUCCGAAUUAAUAGACUGGAUCUCCUGACCACCCAGCUGGACACCAGCAAGGAGCAGAUGGAGAGGGAGCUCCAAUCACCAGGCAGGGCCCAGAUCUCUGCCUACAGGGUCAUGCUUUUUCAGAUUUCGGAAGAUGUCACCAAACUGGAAUUGAAGUCCUUUAAGUUUCUUUUGAGCCAGGAGAUCUCCAAAUGUAGACUGGAUGACGACAUGAACUUGCUUGAUAUUUUCAUAGAGAUGGAGAAGAGGGUCAUGCUGGGGGAGAGAAACUUGGACACCCUGAAAAAAAUCUGUGACCAAGUCAACAAGAGCCUGCUGAAGAAAAUCAACGAUUAUGAAGAAUUAAGCAGAGAAACAGAGGAAAGAAUAAGCCUUGAAAGAAGUCCAGAUGAAUUUCCAAAUGGGGAGGGCUCGCUCGGGGGCCAGGCGAUGUCGGACUCUCCCGGACAGCAGGAUAGUGAGACCCAGACAUCCGAAAAAGUUUACCGAAUGAAGAGCAAACCUCGAGGAUACUGUUUGAUCUUUAACAAUUAUGAUUUUAGCGUGGCACGGAAGGAUGUGCCCAAACUUAGCAGCAUUAAGGACAGGAAUGGAACAGAUUUGGAUGCAGAGGCUUUGAGCACGACCUUUAGUGAUCUUCAUUUUCAGAUAGUGCGUUACGAAGACUCCACAGCAAAGGAAAUCUGUGAGACUCUGAAAUCCUACCAAAGCAUGGACCACAAUGACAGAGACUGCUUCGUCUGCUGCAUCCUCUCCCAUGGAGACAAGGGCAUCGUCUAUGGCUCCGAUGGGCAGGAAGCUUCCAUCUAUGAGCUAAUUUCUUACUUCACUGGUUCUAAGUGCCCUUCCCUUGCAGGCAAACCGAAAAUUUUUUUUAUUCAGGCUUGUCAAGGGGAUAACUACCAGAAAGGUAUAGCUGUUGAGACCGACUCGGAACAGAAGGAUGCCUAUUUAGAAAUGGACUUAUCCUUUCAGAAGAGAUAUAUCCCAGAUGAGGCUGACUUUCUGCUGGGGAUGGCCACUGUGAACAACUGUGUUUCCUACCGGAACCCCAUGGAAGGGACCUGGUAUAUCCAGUCACUUUGUCAGAGCCUGAGAGAAAGAUGUCCUAGGGGUGAAGAUAUUCUCACCAUCCUAACCAAUGUGAACUUUGAAGUGAGCAAUAAGGAUGACAAGAAAAAUAUGGGCAAACAGAUGCCCCAACCUACUUUCACACUGAGGAAAAAACUCCUCUUCCCUCUUAAUUGAUGCUAUUGUUUAGUUGCAUAACACUAUGCUUAAUUUAUUAUUACUGUGAUGCUGCUAUUUUGCCUUUUUUUUUAGAUGGCAGGAAAGGGAGAGAAUGGGAGUCAGGACAAUCUAAUUUUUAUGCAAAGUCAAGUCUAAAAUUUCUGGCUUUGCAAUAAUAGCUAGACAUUUGUAGCCAUAGGCAUGAUUUUAAUUGUAUUUUUAACUCGAAAAAGUUUUCAAAAAACUUAUAGUAGAUUUCAAAAGUAUAAUGAAGUUUAAAAGAAAUGUAAUAUCAUAAAGAUUUAAAAACAGUGGCAGAAUGUUUUUCACACGUCUCUCAUCUGCUUUCAACCCAGAGUCAUUUAAUUCCCUUCCAAUUGUUAAAUGUUUAAAAAAAACAUCAAGGAUGUCAUUCUGAAGCUUUAACCUUGAACACAGCGUUAAUGGCAGCACAGACGCUUGAUGAGGCACAAGAAGAGGGGGAGGUGGUGAACAGCCUCAGAAUAAGUGAAUGUUGUUAAAACGUCGGGAGAUAGUAAGUGUUAAGAAAAUCGUAGUCUCCCUACCCUCCUUCCUGGUUCCUGUGAGAAUUUGCCAGACUCACAUUCCUGACCCCUGGGUAUGAGGUUCCGGGUGUGGUGCUCCCACGUCUAGCCUGAUGUGUGCUGGCCAGUGAGAUGAGCCCUCUCAGAAAGAUGUGGGCCUCCUCUCCGGAGCUGUGGGAAGACGCUGCUCUCCGGUGGGAAAGACACCAUGACUCUGUUUAGACUUAGAUUUCACAAAACCUGGGGAUGAUUUUCCUUCUUUUUAUUAUUCAUAAGUGCUCUGUUACACUGAAGGAGCUAAUGUUAAGCUGAUAUUAACUUUACUUUUUUGCAAUUCCAGUCCCUCCCUUUCCAAGCCAUCCUCUACACUACUUUACAAAUUUCUUCAAAAUAUUUCUUAUGUUAAGAUCUAAAAAUUUGAAAUGUUUUACAAAUUCUUUAUAGUCUGUUUCCAAACUCCCCUUUCAGCCGUUUCUCUUACUGCUCUGAAGGUAUAUCUUUGCUUCUAUAUUGGCCAGUAGGAUUGGCCUUUUUGCUAACAAUGCUGUGCUCCUCUCCUGCAUUUGCAUUUGCUCUUCUUUUAUGUUACAUUUCAUUCCAAAUCUUUAGGAAUUAUGUUCCCUUUAAGAAGGAAACUUUUUAAAGAAUGUUUUUUCAAAAAUAUUUUUAAUAGAAUAAAAUAUAACUUUAUCUUACUGUUCCUUGGA